AUCUUGCUGAAUAAAAUGACCGUAGGUUAGUGCCCGUAAAGUAGUCUGUUGAACCAUUUCCAGCUGGUAGCACCGGCGUUAAAGACUCGAGCAGGUCGACGGGCAACAUGGAGGCAGUCAACUGCCUGAGCAAUGGCUGGAACCCGUCGUGCCUCGCGGCGGCCGGCACAGGCGUCAGCGGCCUGGGGGCGCUGCUCUUCACCAACCUCAUCACCACUCUGCUGGACAAGCAGCAUAGCCUCACCAGCUCGGAGAUAUACCCGGACGACGCGACUGUCUUCAAGGAGGAGUACGACUUCGUGGUGAUCGGUGGCGGGUCGGCGGGCGCCGUGGUCACCAGCCGCUUGAGCGAGGUCCCCGAGUGGGAUGUCCUCCUGCUCGAGGCGGGGGGCGACCCCCCUUUGGCGUCGGACAUCCCCUACCUCUUCCCCACCUUGCAGAAGACGGACCUCGACUGGCAGUACAAGACGGAGCCGGAGAAGGGCAUAUGCGAGGGUUUCGAGAACGGGCAGUGCAACUGGCCCCGAGGCAAGGCCCUGGGGGGAUCAAGUGCCAUCAACUGGAUGAUAUACGUGCGAGGGAACAAGGGGGACUACGACAGCUGGGCCGCGCUGGGUAACGAUGGCUGGGCCUUCGACGACGUCUUGCAGUACUUCAAGAAGUCCGAGGACAUGAGGGAUGUCAAGGUGACCGGGCAGAAGGAGCUAUCAGACUACCACAACACAGGUGGCUACCUGACUGUCGACAAGGUCAGGUUCAUCCCACCCAUCGUAAAGUCGGUGGUGGAGGCAGCCAAGGAGGCCGGCUACCAAGAGCUCACCGACAACAAUGCCGGGGACGUCGAAGGGUACGGCGAGUACCACUCUACUGUGAGGGACGGGAGGCGCUGCAGCACUAGCAGAGGGUUCCUCAGCCCUGCCAAAGGCAGGAAAAACCUGCACGUGGGCAAGAAAGCACUCGUCAACAAGAUCCUGAUAGACCCGAACACCAAGAAAGCAUACGGGGUGCAGUUCAAGAAAGACGGAAAGAUACACGAAGUAAAGGCGAGGAAAGAAGUCAUAGUAUCCGCGGGAGCGAUCAACUCCCCGCAGUUGCUCAUGCUGUCGGGUGUCGGGCCGAAGGAUCACCUGGAAGAACUAGGGAUAUCUCCCAUCAUCAGCGACCUCAAGGUCGGCUACAACCUCCAAGAUCACAACAACUUCCCCGGGCAGGUGUAUUCGAUCGACAAGUCCAAGGCAAAGUCGGUGGAUCAACAGUUCUACUUGGAUGCCGCGUACGAGUACCUCAUGUACAGGAGCGGGCCCCUGUCGGGUGUCUGGGCCACAGCCGCCUCGGGGUUCGUCAACACCAAGAAGCAGCCCGGCGAGCCGCAGAAGGAAGGGGAGUUCCCGGACAUACAGAUGCACUUCCUCUCCUUCCUGUGCAACGACACCUACUCCGUCAACGUGCUCAACAGGAACCUGGGUUUCUCGGCGCCCGUCAGGCAGUCCCUGCUGGAAGCCGUCAAGAAGUCCGACAUCCUCAUCCCGUGCCACAUCCUAGAGCGACCGAAGAGCAGGGGAAGGCUGUACCUCAGGAGCAAGAACCCGGAGGAUCCUCCGAAGAUAUACGCGGGCUACUUCGAGGACGAGGACGACCUGGAGGUCAUGCUCGACUCUGUGCUGCUCUUCGAGAAGGUGAUGGACACCAACGUGAUGAGGUCCCACGAGGCGGAGCUGCUGAAGCUGGACCUGCCCUCCUGCAACCAGCUAGAGUUCAACAGCAGGGAGUACUGGAGGUGCGCGCUGAGGCACCUGUCGACUACCUUGUACCACCCCAUAGGCACGUGCAAGAUGGGGCCCCCGACCGACCCGGACGCCGUCGUGGACCCGGAGCUGCGCGUCUACGGCGUCGAGGGGCUGAGGGUGGUCGACGCGUCCAUCAUGCCCAUCCAUGUGACGGCCAACACGAACGCCCCCACAAUCAUGAUCGGCGAGAAGGCUUCCGACAUGAUCAAAAAGACGUGGCUGAAAUAGGGUGCUGUACUGAAAACAUUUGUCAUCAGCUGUGAUUUCAAUGGGUCUGUGGUGAAUUUGUUAAAACUUAUGUUAAUAUUAAGUUCCAAUGAAAAACAAGCAUUAUAUUUUUCUAGGCGAUUUUCUUGAAAUUAAUACUGUUGAUUACAUAGAGUAUAAUAAUCUUAAACAUUAUUGAUCAAUGAUUCAAUGAUUCAUAAUAAAAUUGUAAUAUUAGUGGGAUUAUGAGUUAUACCAUGCUUUUUCUCUCAAUUCAUUUAAAAUAAAGUAUAGGUACACUAAUUAAAAAAUAUUAAGUUUAAAAAUUAAUUAACACUUUUUAUUGAAAAAUACGUUAAAGUUUAAUGAUAUUACACACAAAUUUUAAUAUAUAUAGUAAAUUAUGAAUUUAACGAGAGUUUGCAUUAUUAUUAACAUUUUAAGGGCUAUUUCCCACAGAAAUUCUCGUAGUGUAAUAAUAUGAGUUUAAAAAGUGAUGGAAAUCACGAACACAUGCGCACCGUUUUUACACAGUAAUAUUACAUCUAGUUAACAUGCGUUGAAAAUGUGUGUGGCAGAACAACAAAUUUUAGAAAUAGACCUUAAACUAAAGUAAAAAAAAAUUGGCUGUCUGUAAAGUCGGUUUACGGACGAUAGUUUAACGUGUCGUCAUAACAAAACAUUGAUGAAAUGAUUGCAUACUGUUAUGAAUAAAAUUGAAUCAUUUUUAUUGAAUUAUCACUAUUUUGUAUGGAUACAACGAAGGAGUUAAAUGAAAUCUACAAUUUAAUUGAUAAAUUUACUUUUAUAUGCACUCAUUAAUUCAAAUAUGUUUAUUACUUUAAUGAACAGAUUAUUUUAACUAUAACUUUUAUACAUGUUUGAUAUUUUACUUCUUCCAAUCUGUGUUAUUCUGUUAAGGAUAGGACGAUGAUAGGAAAAGUAGGAAACGAGUGGGAGUGUUUCAAGUUUAAUGUGCCUCGAAAAAGUCAAAUCGAUGGUUGUUACAAUCGAGUGGAAGAGAGAUAGAUGCGGCGCAAGCGUACAAAGAUCGUAACGGGACACAGCGUAACGAGACAAUGUGCGUUACGGGACACUUUUUCGUGCGUGCAGCCGGCGUUCAUCGAUUUAUUAGACGUCGUCACGUCAAAAAAAAAUCAACAUGGCGUGUGACACCUAGACCCGAUUGGUCAGUUUCUCCAGUGACAGCCAGGGACGCGCACGCGAACACGAGGACGGACCUAUCACCCGGCAGGAACCAAUGAGGGCGGGUUUGCGGUACCGCAGCGGUCCUGCCGACACCCCUAGACCCCCGCGCGCUGCACAAAAGCGGACGACAUUUAUCGGACGGCAAACACCCCCCCCCCUCCCCCUCCUCCGGGGCAGAAUCUAUUUCCUGUGGGAAAUGGGCCAAUUCGCCUCCUCCUUUCCUCCUACUUCAUCAACCCCCUCUCUCUCACUCUCUGGUGGCGAGAGAAGGGAUAUAUAUAUUACUGGUGUUAGGGUCACACGGGAAAAGGGGGGGAGGGGUGGUUCCAACGACCCCUUUGCACGCAAAGGGACCAAACUAUCCCCUCCUUCCCCGGCGCCAAACUCAACCAUUCGUCGCCUACUUCCCCCCCACCCAUCCCCCCCCCCCCUUUUUCAAUGGGCUCGGCGAGAUCCAGGACAUAUGCCUGGCGGGAGACCCCUGUAAGUAUGGCGCUGGGAAUCCGCUGUGGGCCUGCGUGGAGAAUAAAGAAGCGUUCCCCCUACCCCCUUUCCGCCCCAACCCCCCCCCCCCCCCCACCACGGGGCCGUAGAGCACUCUCGGUGCCAUUCGCAUAACACCGACGAGGAGAGAGAGGCCAUGAAUAAAAGUCGAGGAAUAACGCGAAGAAAUUCUUACUUCCUCCUCCCCCGAUCAAACACACACGCACACACACCAACACACCAACACACACACGCCUUGGUUAUUUGAAAACUUUUCCGUGAGAAGAUAUCCGGAAAAAAAAAUGUUACACUUAUUUUACCUAAUUGAAAACAUUUGAAAUUCAUACUUACAAAAAUUAUAUCCUCAAAUAUUUUAAAGCACCCAUUAUGUCUGUCUGUAUGUCUUAAUAAAUAAUUAUAUAUAUAUGGGUAGGUAUGUAUGUCAUUUUAGGCGCACUGUGCUGGUCUGUGCUGUAUCCCGCCCCCCUCCAAAUAAAAUCAUAUCACGGAA